AGAUGGCGGGCCUGCGAACGUCCAACGGCGUCCCGCUCCAGAUCCUCCUCGCGCACCUCGUCUUUGGUCUGUUCCUGUGCGCGUGCGUCUUUAUCGCGUCCGCGGUGAUCUCCCCGCGGCUGUUCCGCGCGGACAUGGCGCGCUUGAAACCGAACGAGCGCAAGACGUGGCACACGAACGCGGUGACGUUCCUCCCCACGUUCGCGGUGACGUACUUCGCCGCGCCCGCGGUGCUCGCGUACGCGGGCCCGUCCGGGUCGUUCCUUCACGCGGCGACCGCGGACACGCUCAGAGGAUGCGGGAUAUCGCUCGGGUACAUGACGUGGGACCUGCUCGUGAUGCUCUUGGACGCGCGGGAUCAGAUGCGCGCGUACGGCGGCGCGUCGCCGUACGUCCUGUUCUUGAUACACCACACGCUCUCGCUCGCGGCGUGGCCGUACGCCGUCACCUCGGGGCGUUGCGUGUACUUCGUGAACUACUUCCUCGUCUCCGAGGUGACGAACUUUAACAUGUCCCUGCGGUGGUUCCUCAUGAAGUGCGGGAAGGAAGGCGGGAGGGUGUACUUCUGGAACGGCAUCCUGUGGAUCCCUCUGUUCUUCACGAUUCGGAUCGCGGUCAUCCCGCGGUUAGUCACCGCGUAUUUCGCGGGGGACUGGAGCGAGCUCGGCGCGAACGAGACAUGGGCCGCGCGGCUGCUCUUGCCGGUGCCGAUCCUGUUGAACGUGUACUGGUUCUGGUUGAUCGCGAGCACCGCGAUCAAGUUCUUGGCGACCGGGUCGGAGACCGGGGUGAGGAAGGAUGCACUCGAGACGAAGAAGGACGAAUGACGGCGCGGGGAUCGGGAAGAGGAGUAGGAGGAUCGUUAAAACGUAAACGCGGCGGCGGCGGGACUCUUCAUAGCUUUUUUUAUUUUUUUGCGCGUGCCGCGCAGCGCGUGUAUUAC